AUGUUACAACCCACAGAAUCAACCACCAAAGACAACAAUAGUCACAACUCAACUGAUCCCGAAUCAAAACAAGAACUCCCAAGUAACGAGGAUGACGAUACCAAAACACAACUCAUUUCAGCAGCCAAAUACAAAGCAAAAUUAUUGCUCUCUCGAAAAUCUAAACAACAAUCAUCAAACACGAUUCCAUCAAAAAACAGGAAUUUAUUUAAAGUCAAGUUAUGGAAAUCAGUUGCUUUAUCCUCAUGGGAUGGUUGUAAUUGUUGCAACUUCUGUCCCAUCUGCAAAUAUUCAUUAUUCACUUGUUGUAUCGAUUGUUCGGCUCGCCAUCCUGCUGAUGUUGGCGAUUGCCAAGCAGCGUGGGGAACUUGUUGUCAUGUAUUUCACAUGCAUUGCAUUUUGAAAUGGUUGAAAUUUCAUCCCGUUUGUCCAUUAUGUAAUAAUCAUUGGCAGUUCCAAACUCAUUAA